UUAUAAAUCGUCAACGGUCAAACAUUUUUACGGUGAACGGUUUGAAACACAUGGAAUUGAAAUGUAGCGGAUGACGAUCGGGCUGGUGAUCAUUUAUUAAUUAACAAUCGAGUUGGUUCGCCGUCAGUUAAUUAUUAAACGGUAAUUGUUGAGUAGAUUUUUAAUGAAAUGAACAAAGCAACGGACGAUGACGAGCGUAGGAGACGCUCUUUGGAGGCGGGCAGGGAAAUGCUGGAAAAGUACAAGGCAGAGAGAGCUGGUAAGGUUCAAGGCACAAGUCAUAGACACACAGAUGAACUAUCUGAUGAAGAAUCCUUUCACAAUGACAAAUCUAUGGAACGCAGGGGCUCUUAUACACAUGAGGGAGCUUCAUCAAGGGAUAUGACACAGAGUAGUGUUAGUAUGAGUGAAGGAGAAGCAGAUGGGGACUUGGAAGGACUGGCUGGAAGAGUGGCUCAGCUGGAAGAGCUAUUACAAGGAAAGGAAGCCAUAGUGGAAGCUUUGAAUGCCGAAAUAGAUCAUUUGAGAGCUGAGGCCUCAUCUCCAAAUUCUUCUCAAAGUCAUAACAGCAGUAUACAUAGCAGAGAUGUUAUAUCUUUGUAUCAUAUGAAGUUGCAAGAUUUUGAAAAAGCAGUGAAUCAGAGAGAUAACCUGAUAGAGGAUCUUACGUGGUCCUUACAGCAUGCUCUGUCUGUGAGAGAUAAUCUUGCUAGUCAAUUAAAUUCUUUGAAUGCUAUGGAGAUCCCCUGUAAAGAUAGUGCUACUGCUAUGAAUAAUAAAAGUUUGCAAGAAAAGAUUGAUACUUUAGAAAAAACAUUGAGUGACCAAAAGUCGAUGAUACAAAAAUUGAACAGUCAGCUGGUCCAAAUUCAGGAACAUGUACAGACACUGGAGAUGGAGAAAGAAACGCGGAACGCCGAGAUCAACGAUUACAAAUUACAAAUUAAUAAUUUGAACGAACAGAUUCGUGUAGGCGCAGCUGAUAGAAAUUUAAAUAUUGCGGAGACUUUGGAGCAACAGAAACAGUACGAGGCACGUGUGGAUAAGAUAAAGCAAGACAUGCAACACAUUUUGAAGAAGUUUACAGCUGAAACGAACACAAAUACAGUCCGCCACCAACAGGAACUGAAAGACUUGUCUGCAAAACAUGAAAUAGAAGUGAUGAACAUCCAACAGAAGUAUGAAGAACAUCUGAAGCAACUGAAGGAAGAGAAUAAGUCACUGGCUGAUCGUCUGAACAGAGAACUACCAGAUCUGGAGACCAGACAUGCUAGAGAAUUGUCUAUAUUCCAAACACAGUUGUCUCAUUACAAGAAAACCGUGGAGGCUUUAAAAUUGGAGCUGAUGAAUCGUUCUGAGUCUCAGCAAACCGCUCAAGCUGAAUUAAACGAGUACAAAUCAAAGUUGAACGAGAUGAAAGUACAGUCGGAGAAGGUUAGACACAUACAGGACUUGGACCAUCAGAAGGAAAAGGAGAUGCUAGGUGAACAGAUCAAAUUGCACAAGUUGCAACUGGAAGACAUGACUUCAAAGUACCUUGCUGUAACUGCGGUUCUGGAAUCGAAGGAAAGCAUCGAACGUUCCUUGGAACAGGCCCUGACCAGCGCUGCAACUUUGAAAGAUGAGAAUGAAAGUCUAAAGUUUAAGCUCGACGAUUUGUCUUCUAGGUAUUCUGCAGCGCAGUCUUUGAUUGAGAAUAGUCAGUCCCAUGAGAGAACUAUGAGCAACAGAAUCUACGAUCUGGAGAAAUCCUUGUCCAGACUGAGUGGUAUAAACGUGAGCACUUUGAGCGAGUUCAAUGAGACCACGUAUCAGACUCUGGACGAGGUUGCGAUUCAGUAUCAGUUUACGAAGCAGAAACUCGAAGAGAAGUCAGAAUUAGAGAAGCUUCUGGUUCAUAAGAUUGAAGGCCUUGAGGAUGAUGUUCGUAAGUCGAAAGAGGAGCUGGAGCAGGCUAAUCUCACUAAGAAGUCUUACGAGAAGCAAUUGAAGGACAUGAAAAAUAUGUGCGACAAGUAUAAGUCCGAGAUAAAUUUGUUGAAGAAAGACGACGUGGAUGGUCAGAACUUUUCGCAAAUGGAUGAAGUGCAGAGAAUGUCUAGUCAGAGUAAGAAAGAUACUGUCAGUGAUUUACUAUGUAAAACUGAAGAGGAUCAACAGGAAAUUAAAAAGCUCAAAAUGACUCUUGAUCAAAAGGAAAUAGAGCUCUUUGAGUCUGUAACACGGAUGUACGAACUGACAGAGAAGCUGAAGAAGUCUGAGGACGAAUGCGAACAAUUGAAGAAUGGGCUUGCUACAGCAUGGGCCCAGUGUGCAGAGGUGGAAGAGAAGUUGAAUCAAACGUUAGCUUUAAGCGACAGUAAGCUGGACAUUUCUUUGCCAUCAUCCAGCUAUAACAGUGCCUUAAUCAAGCAAUUUAAAUCUGGUAGGGUUGCAAACAAUUCCAUGAAUACAACAGAUGAUCAGAGCACAGAUACCAAUAGGAUUUUCUAUGAAAAAAAUGAGGAACUGAAUAUCAGCAAUAGAGCAGCCUCUUUACAAGCAAAAUUAACGUCUGUACUGGAUGAGAAGGAGAGAUUAUUGAAGGAACUGGAUCGUUUAAUGAAACAGCAGGCUGACUAUGAAGAGAUCAGAAACAAAUUGAAGCAUUACACCAUACUUUCAGAGAAUCUUGUAGCAGAGAAGGAACAUACUAUGGAGGAGAAUAGAGUUUUGAAGGUGAGACUGGAAGACAUGCAUUCUCUGAAUGAAUCUGUGAAUCAACUGAGAGCAGAAAAGGAAUCCUUGCGUAAAGAGAUUGAAACACUAGUCUGUGUUCAUGACGAGCAGAUAAGUGCCAUAAAGGCUGAGACUGUGUCAGAAAUAAGAAAGGUUCAGUCUCUGAUGUUGGGAGUAAAAGAUGGUACCAGAGAGCUGAAUGAUCUCAAAACAGAGUUAGAGAUGCGACACGCGAAGGAAAUGGAAGAGUUGCGUAUAUACUUUGAGCAGAAGUGUCUGCAGAUGGAGAAACAAUAUUCUGAGGAAAUAUUCAGCCAACAAUCGAAGAAAAUGUCUGACAAUGACAGUGAAAUAGCUGAUUUGACCGAAGGGUUGUAUUUUGGAGGUGCUGGGGACUGUUUAAAUGUUUCAAAUAUCUCUGAACACAAUUCAAGACUUGCUUCCCCAAUGGGGGAUGAUCAGUCAAAGCAUACCAGUCACAACUUUAAUAGUCAUAGCAAAUCUGAGUUAGAGUAUGACAUGAAUAUCAAAGUUUUGCAACAGGAACUGCAGAAUAAGAUAAUAGAGGUGCAGGAGGUAAAAUUGCACUAUGAGAAAGCACUGGAGGAACAGAAGAACAUGUAUGAAAGGGAAUUGUAUAGUAACAAGGCGAAAGAGAGGCGAGAAUUAUUGAGAAACGCUGUAAAUCAGCAUUGUCAAACAGAAUGGGAUGCGGGUGCGUUGGAAAACGGUGAAUUAACGCAGCUGCGAGCGACCUACAACCAUCAGUUGGAGGAGCAGAUCGCGCUAGCUAAGUUGGAUAUUGUCAAUGCGCUUCAAGAACAGAUCCAGGCACUUUUGACCGUUGAGUCGGACACAGACGAAAAUUGGCCUCCAGAAUUGUUGGAACUGAGGGACAAACUCACUAGUAAUGCUAAAAGGGAGAUGCAGCUACUUAAAGAGACGCAUGCUGCUGAGGUGCAACGUUUGAAAGAGACUGUGGCUAGAAUGAUCGAUCGUCAUCAAGAGGAAAUGAGCAAAAUCAAGUCUGAGAACAAUCAGAGCUACGGUGGGAGACGGGAUUCUGACAGAAGCAUCCUUGAUGAAAGAAAUAGCUUGGUCAGAACAUGUGGUACUCUCAAGACACUGAUUGAAGAACUGAUCAAAUACUUUGUCAUCUGUGAAGAGGAGGUAAAUAAUACACUUAUCACUGAAGUUCUCAAGAGACAGUUGUCUGAUAGUCUGAAAAGUAAGAAAACAGUGCAAACUGAUGAAAGUGAUCAGAGCUCAAGGAUCCAGAGAGUUCACUUCGCUCCCAAGGCAACUGAGAUAGUUUCUAUAUUAAAUAGUAAACCUGAGACUUUGCCAACCAUUCUGGAAGAGGAUAGCAGCAUAACAGAGAGGCUGAAACAAGAAUUAAAUAGCUGUGUACGACGUUUGAAGUAUGAAAGCGCUGAAAUCCUUGGCACCUCCUUGUCCACAAUAUCUACUAGUGAAUGUAGACGUAGUUCAUCUUCAAAAGACGUCUGGUUGAACAAACUGAACGAGGAGCUGAAUUUGAAGCUGCGUCACGCAGAAGCUCUAAUCAUGGGCUACCAAGAAGAGGCCGAUCAGUUAAAAGUGACCAUUAUGGAUCUCCAGAGGAAGCUGAUUAGUGCAGAGAGCAAAAAAGAGACCAUCACUGAAGGCUAUGGAGAAAAUGACGAUAUCAGCACUGAUAUUACUCCACAAGACUUCUCACAAUUGCAAGAGAGAGCGAGACUUGUGCUAUCGAACGGAGGAGGAGACUGCACGGAGUUGCUUCAAUUGAUAGAAGAAUUGUGUAAACAGAGUGAUAAACUGAUGGAAGAGUCGAAGAGGGAGAAAGAGGACCUGCAGAAGCAGCAGGUGCCUUUAGAACCUACUCCUACCCCAUACAUUCACAAGGUUUGCUGCCGAAAGAUCGAGGCGGCGGAUAAGCAAUUGAAAGCAACCCACAGAUUCCUGGAUGAACAGGCAAGCGAAAGGGAAGUGGAAAGGGAUGAAGCUGCGAGGCAAAUGCACCUUUUGCAAGAGCAGCUCAAAGAGCGUGAACGAGAAAAGGAACGAGACCAACGUAUUACGUCUGAGCAGUCAACAUUGUCACCCGAAGCAACGUCAGACAUCCCGCUGCUUCAAGCAUCUGACAUCGGUGCAGCUGUGGAAGUUUUGGAGUCCCAGAUGAGAGAGAUGUCCUCUCUGAUGUCUGACACAGAGGCUAAGAAAACUGAAACUGAGAGUGAACUGAAAGCAGCCAUUGACAAGAUUUGGGUACUCCGAGAAAUCAUUACUGACUUGGAACAGCAGCUACAGAUCAAGACUGAGAAAGAAGAGUCCUUGCAAAUGCAAAUCAAUCAGUUGGAAACUGUGAUUGCUGCACAGACCAAGAACCAGCAUGAACUGGUGCAAGAAUUGGAUGCUGUUAAGAUGGGUAGCGAAAGCAAGCAUCUGAAUGAUCAUAUUAAUCAUCUACAAGAGGAAUUGAAGAAGUACAGGCUGAGUAGCGAACAAUUUAACGUAAACUCUGCCGCAUUGAAGCAGAUGAAGGCAGAACUACGUGAGAUGCAGAAUAAUUUGGAUAAGAGAAUCAAAGAGUUAGAAUCUGUGCAUAUGUGCAGCUCCAAUUUGAGUUUGAGCCAGCCAAGCGAAGAUGUAUCCAUUAGAGAUCAAAUAGAAGCUUCUAGGUGCCCUACUCCAGAUGAUCCUAAUGCUCCUCCAAUGUUGCCCCUUGAUCAACUAUUAAAACUCAAGGAAAAAAUGCAGAAACACGCCAGAGUGGAGGAAGUAGCUUUUAAGAGAAUCAAAGACUUAGAAAUGCAAGUGACUGUUUUAAAAAAUCAAAACGAGGAAUUGCAAGCAGAGCAGGAGAUCUUGCAGCAGACCGCUUCUGAGCAGUUGUUCCAAAUAGAAGCGAUGCGUGGCAGGUUGGAGCAGCACAAGCAAAGUGCUCCGUUCGCUCAGAGACAAGCUACGUCACGUUUGGAGCUACAGCUUCACGAAGCCAACACUAAAUUUCAAUCUUUGGAGCGAACUAUAGCUGAUAAGGACUUGGAAUUAAAUGAUAUGAAGAAUCAACUGGACAGAGUGAAUCAAUUAUUACAAGAGAAAGAAGCAGAGAUUGCAAAUGUAGUACAAGUAGAAACUGCUACGAUCCAGAAGCUGAAGGAACAUCUAGAGAUUGCUGAAGAGGAGAAAAGGUUUCUCCAUGCAAAGGUUGGUGUCCAAGAGCACGCUCAGUUGGAAUUACCGAAAUUGAUAGACAGCAUGCUAGCAGACAAAAACGAAGAGAUAGACCAUCUUAAAGAACAACUGUCCAAAAAAGAGAAGCAACUGGAAGUGUACUCUUCUUGGAAUUUGGAUGACACAGAACUAAGGGAGCUAGCAAGGCAGAUAGAGGUGAAGAACAGCGCUCGUACAUUAAGUGACAUAUUAUCUAUCCACUCGGAAUGUGAAGAAACUACAGAAGCCAUCAGGGGAGCGAAUACAACUCAAAAUUUGCCUAAUGUAUCUGCCUUUAAAGUUCCUACACCACCUGCUUCGUUCAAAAAUGUGGAUGACUCAGUUAUGCCUUUGUUAGACACCACCAAAAUGGCUCUGCAGGUUCCUCCCCUAGAUCUGGGCUCUCAGAGCCUUUCUACAAUUUCUAAUCAGCAGUCUGGAAUGAUGGACUCUCUGCACAGUGGGCUGGAGUCGAAGACCACCUCUUCAGAGAACACUCUCUCCAUGGACAAGACUGAUCACGCUUCCCAGUCGAAACAGGAGAACAUUCAAAUGUUGCAAUCACCAGAAAAAGAGCGUGCUGAUGACAGAAACGAGACUGGCAGCAAUAAGUCUCGUGUCACUUCGAUGAAGUACACCCAGACUUCCAUUAAUGAGACUCUGAAGGAGAUGGAGAACUUAGAGAACCAAUUACAGGCUAUGAGGGAAGAAUUAGGGGUGAAAGCUGCCAUUUUGAACAAGAGAGAAACUGAUCUGAUAGCCUUGCAAAAGCUCUAUGACGAAUUGCAAGCAGAAUUCAAGGAGGUGGUGGAAACUCUCUCCAGAGACAAGUGCUUCUAUAAGAACCAAUAUGAAUUAUCACGAGCAUCAGAGAACAAGAUAAAGAAAGAUCUGCUGGAGGUGGAGAACGUUUUGAAGUUGAGGAACGAGGAGAUAGAAGACCAUAGAAACAAGAUGCAAGUGAAUGAGAAGAUUAUAAUGGAGUUGAAUUCAGAGAACACUAAACUGAAGAAAGAUAUAGAGGUGAAAGAGCAGGAACAGACAAAAAAGUACACUAACCUGCUUCAGGAGAAAAUGAAGGAGUUGCAGAAUUUCAGGGACGCUAUUCUUGAGAAGGAUAUCACCAUAGAAACCAUUCAGACCCGAAAUAUUGAGAUAGAAAAUGAAAAUAAACAAUUGUACGAAUUCAAGACCAAAUAUCAAUUGUCCAAACAAGAAUUAUUAGAAUGUCAGAACGAACUUCAGAGGUUGACAGAAGGUCUGAACAACAGAGACCAGAUUAUCAGACGACUGGAGGAGAUGGCCAGACGUACAAGUUUCUCAGGAACAUCCUCGCCGUCCAAUGAAAAGGACCAAGAGAUUCACCAUUUGCAGGAGUAUUUGAAGGAAAAGGACAAAGUAAUACGGCAGAUGAGCGAUGACAGUAAAAGCUUGCAUAAAGCUUUAGAGACUAUUCAGAACAAAAUGAAAGAAUCUGGAAACGUGGUAGAACUAAGGAAAAAGCUGAAAGAUGAGAAAAAAUUGAACACUGAACUAAGGGUUAUGGUGGAGAAGCUGGGUAAGGAGUUGUCUGACUUGAAGUUGCCUGCACAAAGAUCACAAGAUGACACUGAUAUCGAGGACAUGGUGCAAAGGGAGCUCAAUUUGUCAGCUCAUUUAGAUAGACAAAUCAUGAGUGCCAUAGAAAGUGAUACAGAGGACAAGAUCAGAGUAGAGAGACAAGCUCCCUAUCAGGAUCACCAGGAAGGAAAAAUCAUGAAAUUAAAACUGAGCCAAGCUAACAGGAUCAACGAAGAGUUGAAGAAGUUAAAGGAUGAUCUGGAAAUUGAAAGGGGAAUGCUUAAGUGCCAGAUUGCUGAAUAUGAAGCACGUAUCUUCCAGCUUAAAUCAGACUUAUCAGAGGAAUCCAAGAAAGUUGCUAAACUGGAUGAGGAAUUGUCCUCUGAGAAGAAUCUAGUGAGAACAUUGAAGAUUCAGAUAGAGAAGGUGCAAAGAGCAAUGCGAUCAAGACAUAUUCAAGAUUCAGAACUGAUUGAGUUUCUUCAGAGUAAAUUAAAGACCUCUUUGGGCAAUGAAGCGAAGUUUAGAAACGAUCUGUCACUGUUACGACAGGAGCAUAAGAGUUUGGAAAUUCAGUUGAGCUUGAUGAAAGAGCAUGUACAGUCCCAGGAGACUGAUGACACGCCAAAGCUGACAGAUCUACUAGAAACUGAGAGGAAGAAGUACCUUUCCUUGAUGGAGAAUUUUGAUAAAGAGGAGAGAGAAAAUGCAGAGCUUAAGGACAGUGUGAAAAAUUUGCAGAUGGAGAAGAGUCGCUUUGAGAAGCAAUUGGAAAUGGAAGUGGAGGAGAAGGAGAAAUUAAUAAGCAGCUUGGCUCUGGUAGAGGGAAUUAACGAUUACGUACAAACUGAUCUCCGACGUACCAAAGAAGAGUUGAAAGCAAGGGAGGAGGAGUGUGAAUGGUUACAGAAGAGGAUCGAGACUAUGUCUGAUACAGAGGCUAGGAGACAGGAACAGAGGACCAGUGAACAUAAUGAGCUCAAAGGAUUGAGGAGAGAAAUAAACAAUGCUAGAGAAGUAAUGAUGGAUCUGGAGGCUGACAUGAAGCAAUCGAAGAGAGAACUAACAGAAUCUCUUGAGCGUGAAAUGAAGCUGGCUAAAACACUGGACAAAAAACUGUCCUCUAUCAUGGACGAGGAGAAGAAAUUAAGGGAUACGAUCACUGAGCUGCAGCAAGAUCUGAAAACGUGCACCAGGAGGGAAUUAGAGCUCACGAAAGAGUUAAAAAGUAGAUUCACCAAUGAUAAGAACAUACCUGCCAAGUUCAUGCAGAAAAUCAAAGAUCUCAGUGAUAGCAAUGAAAAAUAUAUGACAGAGAAAAGCAUGCUUCAAGAAAAGUUGAUAAAAGCUAGGGAAGAGAAAGAGCAACUGAAUCAACGAAUUAAAUUGCUCGAAACUCAUGCGAAGUCAAGCAAAGGGUCUCAAGAUGGAAAUACUAUAACAGUAGAAUUUAUAGAGAAGUUGCAACAUUUUUAUGGACAGUUCUUGCGAGUAAAGAGCAGACGCAAGGCCUUAACUUAUCAGAAACGCUACCUGCUGGGUGUAGUGGGGGGCUACCAGCUAUCUGAAGAAAAUACACUUUAUAUCCUCGCUCAGUUAACCAGAUCAGAACGUGCCUAUGUCGUGGAUGAUAGCAACAAGAAAUCUCCAAAGUUACGCUUCAAGAGUGCCGUGUUAGUUCUUGUCAGUAUACACAGAAUGAAGUGGUUGAUCCUGAGAUGGAGUACUGGAAAGCGAAUAGGAGUACAGACGCUAUUGUGGAACGUGGAUCAGUCCUUUAAACCUAUUCAAAAGAUCACCAUGAACCAUUCGCCUCCUGUUAGGGAAAAGCGUACCUCGAACGGAGACGGUCGAUCUAUCGACGGAUUCUCGCUUGAACAGUAUUACCAACGUCUGAAAAAUAUUCAGCAGACGUUGGGGUUGGCUAUGGCGGAAGCCGGGAAUCUUCAAAUUAUUCCAGAAUAGUAUUAUGACCGCCUAAGUGUUGCAAACAUCGUGUGCUAUGAUUUAAUUGUUAUGUCGCCGUUUAUGAAUGCGGCCAUGAACAAGUGGCUCGCAGGGGAUUGCUGUUUCGAUUUGUAAUUUCAAACGGAAACAUUCAAAACUGGGCAUUCUGAUCGGAGAUGUUGAGAGUUUAUCUGUAUUUUUUUACGAGUUGUAAAUAGGACUGUAGCAUAGGAACUACCAAUUGUUAAACACGUGUUAAGUCCUUGCACUAUAAUUACUAGACGAUAAUGUACCAUGUGUGCUAUAAUUUCAGUACUAUUGUUACUUCUAAGAGUUUCCCGAGGAGAACGAACAAAAGAGCUCUAUGUAUAGGUUGUUUCAGAACUAGUUGUUAGGGAAUAACGAGAACAAUAUUCUUUGUCGGAUAAUGUACAUCAUUGGUCAAAAAAUGUUCGAAUUGACCUGCAGUUUUGGAACACACUAUACACAACUAAUGCUCAUGUAUCCUGUUUUACCAAAGUUACUGAUAGAAAUAUGUCUCUUGAGCGUACUAUUGUCAUAAGAAU